UACACCAUGAUAGCAUCCUUGCCUUGUUCCCGGAGUAGCAGGAAUUCCCCUACAAAUUCGGCAUUAAAUACGAUUUGAGUUGUUAGCUAAAAGUAGAUAUUUUUAGAUGCUCUGGAAUAUCAUUAUAAUUCUACAUUAUACAGACAUGUUUUGAAAACCUUAAAGAGACUUUUUUGCAUUUUUAAAUAAAUACAAGCAUAUAUUUUAAACACAUACAUAUAAUACAUUUAGAGCCGUAUAUAAAACACAGAUGAAAGUACAAAGAAUAACAUGACUCUGCAUGUAGCCAUCACCGAAUUCUGCAGUUAUCCGUUUUGUUUCAUGUUUACCCUGUUCACAUCUCUUCUUUUUUAUCAUUUUGAAACAAAUCCCAGACAUCUUAUAGUUUAAUGUAUAAAUAUUUAAGCAUGUAGCUCUAAAAGAUAAAUGCAUUUUUAAUUUUAGACAUAACAAUACUCAUUUAACACACAAAUUAAUGAUAAAGUCUUAGUAUUUUUAACUAUUUAAUCGGUGAUCAGAUUUCCUCUCAUAACUAUGCAUUUAUAGCUGUUUGAGUCAGAAUCCAAGUACGGUUCACACAUUAUGACUGCUUGAUGUAUCUCUUAGCUCUCUUUUGAUUUUCUAUGCUUUGGGUUGCUCCUUCCUUUCACCCUCUUUGUCUAGCUGUAUCUCUUGUCCUCCGUAUCACUCCUUUUCCUCUUGUAAUUUAUUUAUUUAGAAAUCAGUCUGUUUGUCCUGUAGAAUCUGAAUUUUGCUGACUGCUUCUCAUUGUGACUUCUAAUAUUUUCCUAUGAUCUCUGUAUUUCCUGUGAAUUGGUAGUUGUAUCUGGCUGUUUGAUUAAAUUCAAGUUUCAUUUUGGGGAAAAGACUACUCAGUGUAUUAUUUUAUAGAUAUCGAUUUUUAACUUUAAUCAUGUCUGUUCAAUAUCUGUUCAAACGGCCAUAUGGCUUUUAUUUUCUGAUAUGGCAUGAUUUUUGUAAUUUGUUGCAUGAUAUCAUGAAUUUGCCUCAUGGUUUCUCCCUUUUGACCUUUCAUCUGCUUUCAUUUCUAAAUGUGUUUUAGUUAAUGAAUAAAUUAACAUGUCAGUAAAUGUCACAUGAUAAUUCAUUAGCUCUUUGAAUAACUGAAUCCCCUUGGUCAUUGUUGGGAUCCUCUUUGUUUUGAUUUGUUUGGUUCUUAGAACUUUUGGCUAGUUCUGAAGGUGAGAGGUCAGCAUUUUCUGUAUUGGCAGAACCUUCUCCCAACCAAAUAGAUCCUGGUAGAAAAUGCAGAGUAUAGAAAAGAAUGUGUGCCUUCUACAUUUAGCAUGGUGAGAUCUAGAGCUAUAUCAAAUCAAGCCAGCCAAAUGGGCUGCUAAUAUUUACUUUGCAGGCUAGAUGGAUUUUGCUCUUUUAGAAUAGGCAUUGAUGGGAAAAGAUUCAAGGGACAGCUUGAAAGCUUGUGGACUCCUGGCUAUGGAAAUUUUAUACUUACAUAAAACUGUCAGUGAUGACAGGAAAAUAUAUAGCAGAACUGUAGUUCUGGAAUUGGCUUCUUAGUUAAGGAAGGAUUGCUGGCUCUGUGAAGAAGAAAAUGUAGCUUUCUUGUAACUCCUCCCAGUCAAUUACCCGCUGUAGGAAGGUCCUCUCCACCUUCUUUAGAAACGCUGUGGCAGCCUACAAGGCAUUUGUGUCUUUGAGACUUUGCUCCCUAAGAAGUAGUAAACUAAAAUGAUUACACUGUGUCAUGAGUGAAAUGUAUUGUCAGAAAGAAAACAAAAGACCUUGUAUGUUUGAAAAAUAACAUUUCCUGAUAAUUUUAUUUUUCUAAGGAUAACACUGGGAACUUAGGAUAACUGCUGGGAACUUCGAUUCUGCUUUUUGUUUAGCUACAAAUGAGAUCAGUGUUACAACAAAAAUUAUAAUUUUGUUUUAUGAAGAAAAACACCCACCCUAAGCAGAGUUCAGGGGAGGAGAGGUCAAGAGAGAUGGUGUGCUACUCUGAGUCCAGUAUUGUUUCUGGGGCCCUCCAAGUCAGUCAGAUCAAAGAGAAAGAAAGCAUGCAGAUUUCUAAAUACAUAAACAUUGAAGAUAUUACAGCUACGUCUACAUCUACGACUGGGACGAGCCAUCUUGUAAAAUGUGCAGAGAAGGAGAAAACCUUCUGUGUGAACGGAGGCGAGUGCUUCAUGGUGAAAGACCUCUCAAACCCCUCAAGAUACUUGUGCAAGUGCCCAAAUGAGUUUACUGGUGAUCGCUGCCAAAACUACGUAAUGGCCAGCUUCUACAAAGCUGAGGAGCUCUACCAGAAGAGGGUCCUGACCAUAACCGGCAUCUGCAUCGCCCUGCUUGUGGUUGGCAUCAUGUGUGUGGUGGCCUACUGCAAAACCAAGAAACAACGGAAAAAGCUUCAUGACCGGCUCCGGCAGAGUCUUCGCUCUGAGCGAAACAACAUGGUGAACAUGGCAAACGGGCCUCACCAUCCUAACCCACCUCCCGAGAACGUUCAGCUGGUAAAUCAGUACGUGUCUAAAAAUGUCAUCUCCAGUGAGCAUAUUGUUGAGAGAGAAGCAGAGACGUCUUUUUCCACCAGCCACUACACCUCGACAGCUCAUCAUUCCACUACGGUCACCCAGACUCCUAGUCACAGCUGGAGCAAUGGACACACUGAGAGCAUUAUUUCGGAAAGUCACUCUGUACUUAUGAUGUCAUCGGUAGAAAACAGUAGGCACAGCAGCCCAGCUGGGGGCCCAAGAGGACGGCUCAAUGGCAUGGGAGGCCCUCGAGAGUAUAACAGCUUCCUCAGGCAUGCCAGAGAAACCCCUGACUACUACCGAGACUCUCCUCAUAGUGAAAGGUAUGUGUCAGCAAUGACCACCCCGGCUCGUAUGUCACCUGUAGAUUUCCACACGCCAAGCUCCCCCAAAUCACCCCCUUCGGAAAUGUCUCCACCUGUGUCCAGCAUGACGGUCUCCAUACCCUCCAUGGCAAUCAGCCCCUUCGUGGAAGAAGAGAGACCCCUACUGCUGGUGACACCACCACGGCCACGGGAGAAGAAGUAUGACCACCACCCUCAGCAAUUCAACUCUUUCCACCACAACCCCGCGCAUGAGAGUAACAGCCUCCCCCCUAGCCCCUUGAGGAUAGUGGAGGAUGAGGAGUAUGAAACCACCCAAGAGUACGAGCCAGCUCAAGAGCCUGUUAAGAAACUCGCCAAUAGCCGGCGGGCCAAAAGAACCAAGCCCAAUGGCCACAUUGCCAACAGGUUGGAAAUGGACGGCAACACAAACUCUGAGAGCAGUAACUCUGAGAGUGAAACAGAAGAUGAAAGAGUAGGUGAAGAUACACCUUUCCUGGGCAUACAGAACCCCCUGGCAGCUAGUCUCGAGGCAGCCCCUGCCUUCCGCCUGGCUGAGUGCAGGACUAACCCAGCAGGCCGCUUCUCUACACAGGAAGAAUUGCAGGCCAGGCUGUCUAGUGUAAUUGCUAACCAAGACCCUAUUGCUGUAUAAAACAUAAAUAAACACAUAGAUUCACCUGUAAAACUUUAUUUUAUAUAAUAAAGUAUUCCACCUUAAAUUAAACAAUUUAUUUUAUUUUAGCAGUUCUGCAAAUAGAAAACAGGAAAAAAAAACUUUUAUAAAUUAAAUAUAUGUAUGUAAAAAUGUGUUAUGUGCCAUAUGUAGCAAUUUUUUACAGUAUUUCAAAACGAGAACGAUAUCAACGGUGCCUUUAUGUUACGUUAUGUUGAGAGCAAGUUUUGUACAGUUGCCGUGAUUGCUUUCCCACAGUAUUUCAGCAAAACCUCCCACAUUCGGGUUUUGCUGGCUUCUUGUGCAUUGCAUUAUGAUGUUGACUGGUUGUAUGAUUUGCAAGACUUGCCACUGUCCCUCUGUUUGCUUGUGGUUACACCCAACCAGUACGACUUGUAAUGGCACAUCCAUCCAAAUACUCUUCUCUUUCCUGAGGAGUUUUCUUUGCUUUCAGUAUAUGAAAUGAGUUGUGUCUACUCUGCCAGCCAAAGGUUUGCUUCAUUUGGGCUCUGAGAUAAUAGUAGAUCCAACAGCAUGCUACUAUUAAUUACAGCAGGAAACUGCAUUACGUCAUGUUAAAUAUUAGGAAGAAAGUAAUACUGUGAUUUAAAAAAAAAAAAACUGUAUUAUUAAUCAGAAGACAGCAUGCUCCUACUAAAAGGAGCUACCAUUUCCUUUAUUUUGAUUUAGGUUUCUGGACAAAAUGCAACAACCAUUUUAGGGAUAGCUUGGAAAAUGGGUUCUGAUUUGCCACCCGGUAAAUCCAGCACCUGCUAAGAGGACUCGGUGUCAUUUUGUCUCUGGGGGAUGAUACCACAGCUCAUUCAGAUGAGGAUCAAACCGUGGCUGAUAAAGGUGCAAUCAUUUCUGACUUGUCUUUUUCACUGAUUUUGGACCUGGAGGUUAGUUGUGUCUUCUCGGCUCCAGAAGAGGCAUGAGCUAACACCAAAAGCCCAACCUAAACAGCACACUCAGCAGUUGGUCUGAAAUAGUCCAAGCGUGCAAUGUGGUGACUGUGCCUGGUGGCAACUUGACAUCCUAGGGAAAUAUUGCUGUUGUAGAGUGAAGGAGGGAAUGCAUAGAAGACACGGGUGGAGAACAGCUGUGUGAUUUGGUUGAAAUGUUAAACCAUUUUGUUGACCACACCUCUGUUCCAUGAUACUUUUCUCUUGGUUUUCACUGUUGCCUUGACUAGGUCAUAACUAUGCAUGAACAUUUUUGUCAGGAAUGGCCAAUGUGCAUGUUGUUUAUGAUUCCUAGGAACCUGCCAUGAGUGACGGUCCAUCAGGAAAUGUCCAUAGUGUUGGGAAGAUCGCACCUUUGCUUGCAAAAGUGACCCCCACCUGUGUUCUGACCUCUUCAUUUACAGCCUGUGUCACCCUUUUCCCUCUCUCUUAAUUUUUGCUUUAUUGUCACAAAGCAAGUCUAAGAUUGGUCCUCAACUUUUUACGUUCUCUUGCAAUUGUAAAUCCAAGGAAUUUACAAUAUGAAUUAAAAAUAUUAGUAGGUAUUAAUAUUUAAAUAAGUGCUGGUACCGGGAAAAUAAGAGAAAUUUUUUUCAAAACAUAGGAUCCAUUUUAUCCCCUGCCUGAUAUCUGUGGGUUGGUUGGUUUGAUAUCUGUGAAAUCAGGGCUGGAGCUUUGCUGAGGUUCCAAGUAGUCUUCUAGGAGCCAUGUGGCACCGUGAGAAACAGGUUAGCAGGAGGUUCAGUGUCAGGCAUGAAGUCAGUGAGAGUACCUGCUUCUUGUUGCAGGUGAAUGGCAUCUAUUUCUUCACCAGAUCUCUAAGUUAAAAAUAAAAGGGAAGAAAUGACAUGCAAAGAGGUCUUAGAAGACAAAUGCAGGCUGGGCAUGAGUCAUACCAUUGAGCUCCUAUGUUUCUGUGAUCUAUAGGGGUGCCUGUCUUCAGGUCCCGAAGUUGCUGUGAGUACGUGGUAUCCCAAGGUUUCCUUCUUUGUUCACCUGCCACUUUCUCUGUGCUCCGCAGUAUCCCAGUUUGUUAACCUCCACAGAAGAGCUGCUGGCAAAUAGCAAGUGCUGCACUGAUAUCCCAAUGCUGUGCCAAUGAGUUAAGCUCAUGGCAGGUGGGAGAGAACAGUCAGCCCAAACUGGUUCUCUAAAUUACUUGAAUAUUGCCUUCGAAGGCCUUCCCUCAUCCUUUGACCAUUUCAGUUUAAAAAAUUCCCACCAUUUAUUAAAAUACAAAUUUUGAUUUCAGAGUCUUUGGGCAUUGGGGUAUUCAGAUAUCCCCUUCUGAAGAAUUUCAAGAACAAAAUAGCAUCUUCUAUUGAGAGCAAUGAACAACAUUUUCUUCAUUUUGAAAAUUGCUGUAAACUUUCAAAUGGCAAGUACAUAAGAAAAUUUAGGCCAAGAGGAAAUUUUCUUUCAACUUGAGUCUGGUCACUCACAGAGGUGGCAUUUUAGUUGGGACAGUCUUUUGUCUAUAGAAUAAGAGCUUCCCUUGACAAGCAAGGCCAGCUGACUGCUCAAGGCUGCCCGCUUGGCAACAGAUUUGUGUCCACAGGAACAACUCUGUGACGCUGAGUUGCCACAUUCUCAAGCUAUCUUGGGUUUUAUGGUAAUGGAAAGUGCCCAGAAGUUUAAAAAGCAACUUUGUUUUGUUUCCUGGGCCCCAAAUCGUAAUCCCAUUGAGGGGUAUGCAGUGGAGCAUAAUAUGUGCAAAAUUCCUUUAAUCAUUCUAGAUUCCUUUUCCGUUCCCCUCUCCCUUCUUGCCUGGUAUGACUUAAUUUUUUUUUUUUUUUUGAAGAAUGCCGGGACAGCCUCCUUCUCUCUAAAAAAUGGCGCUUUGCCUGGGUUGUAUGCAAAUGUACUCCACAACAGCAGUGUGUCACCUCUUACUGUUUCAGUGUGACUGUCGUGAGAUGGGUGGAGUUUAUCCAGGGUAACUUGCUCAGUAAUGAUUCCUUUUUUGGUCUGGGGUUGCAAGGUGCAUGGUUCACGUUGGUGAAAAUAAGGAAGGCUUGGUCUUACCUUUUAGUACUGGCUACAUCCCACCAGCCACAGAGAUUUCGAUCCCACAAAGACCCGUGAAACACUGCAAAGAAACGCAGACAAAAGGAAAUGGCCACAUAUCACAAAUUCUAUUAUAUAUUCUUUUGUAAAUACAUAUUGUACAUUACUUGGAUGUUUUCUUAAAUCAUUUACUGUCUUUAUGAGUUAAUGUCACUUUUUACUCUCUCAACUUACUGUAUAACAUUGUAAAUAACAUAAUGUCCUUUAUUAUUUAUAUUUAAGCAUCUAACAUAUAAAGAGAGUUGUUUUCAUAUAAGUUUAAGAUAAAUGUCAAAGUAUAUGUUUUUUUUUGGGUUUUCCUUUUCUUUAAAAUUAUGUAUCUUUUCCUUUUUUCUUUUUUUAAGAAUAAUUUAUUGUUAAGGAGAAAGAAUGUAUAUGCGAUUGGAACUGUCUGAAGAAUGCACAUUUGAAGGCCGCGAGGUACUGAUAAAACUAAAGAAUUUAUUAUCCAAAA